AUGGCGAUAUGUUACGACAAGUGGUGGCAGGACACAGACACCCACUCCGCGCCCGACACCGACACCCGACACCCGACACCCGACAACAGCCGACAACAGCCGACGACCACCGCGCAAGACAGUGACAAAGCUGAAGACGUGGAUAUGAUGCUGACCUUAUCUGGGGGAGAUAGUUCUCUGGCGGAGGAUGAGGCUGAGCUUCAAAGACCCGCCAAAGAGACCCUGCCAGCGCGCUACACGGACGCUAACAACGAGCCUCCAAGUGCCCCUGGCGAUUCCCUGGCGACCCCUUGUCCCUUGGCGAUCCCCUGGCGAUCCCCUGGUGAUUCCCUGGCGAUCUUUUGGUGUCCCCCUGGUGAUUCCCUGGCGACCCUCUGGCAACCCCCUGACAAUCCCCUGGCAACCCCUGGCGAUCCCCUGGCAACCCCUGACAAUCCCCUGGCGAUCCCCUGGCAACCCUCUGGCAAUCCCCUGGUGUCCCCCUGGCAACCCCCUGACAAUCCCCUGGCAACCCCUGGCGAUCCCCUGGCAACCCCCUGGCGACUCCCUGGCGACCCCUUGCCCCUCUGA